AUGGCUCCCGCGCUGACUGACGCUCUGCCUACUGCACCCCACAAUCUCCAUGCCCCGCUGGACAUCUUCCCCGAUGGCCUCAAAACAACCGGCCAGCAUGAGCCCCUCUAUGACCACAUCGUGCCAUUCGAGCGCUUUCCUAAGGAGAUAACCGGAAAGACUGUCUGGCGACCGGAGGAUUAUCGCGAUCAGCCCGAGAAAUGGACACACCGAUUCACCCCCGAGCAGAUCGCCGAGCUUAGUGCAGCAGCCGACGCGUUCCUAGCGUCGAAGACUCCUCUCACCGGAAUCUCAAAGAGUAACUUCCAAGUCCCCAACCUAGCACCUUUCCUCGAGCAACUCCGCCUCGACCUGAUCGACGGCAAGGGCUUCAUUCUAUUCAAAGGCUUCCCCGUCCAAGAAUGGGGUAACCACAAAUCCGCCGUCGCAUACAUGGGCCUGGGCACCUACCUUGGCUACUUUGUCAGCCAGAACAGCCGCGGCCAUGUCCUCGGCCAUGUCAAGGACCUGGGCGAGGACUCGACCCAGAUCGACAAAGUUCGAAUCUACCGAACCAACGCUCGUCAAUACUUCCACGCCGACGACUGCGACAUCGUCGGUCUCCUCUGUAUCGCGCGGGCCCUCGAGGGCGGCGAGUCAGACAUCGUCUCUUCCCACAACGUCUACAACCACCUGGCCGCCGAACGCCCCGAUGUCCUGAAGACCCUCACAGAACCGAUCUGGUACUUCGACCGCAAAGGCGAGACCAGCAAGGGACAGAAAGAGUGGAUCCGCACAAGCGUCAUGUAUCUCGAGCGCGGGGAGAACCCCCGCGUUUAUACUAAAUGGGACCCCUACUUCGUCCGCUCCCUCACCCGCUUCUCGGACGCAGGCCUCAUUCCCCCCCUCAGCGACGCCCAACACGAAGCCAUCCGCGUCCUGGAAGAAACCUGCAACGCCCACUCGCUGCACAUGGUCCUCGAGAUCGGCGAUAUCCAGUUCGUCGCAAACUCGCACGUCCUGCAUGCCCGCACCGCGUACAAAGACCACGCGCCGCCCGCGCCGCGCAGGCACCUUAUGCGGUUGUGGCUCGCGACGCCGGAGAGCGAGGGAGGGUGGAAGUUGCCGUUUUGGGAUAGUAAUGAGAAGAAGCGGGGCGGGAUCCAGGUGGAUGAUCAGCCGCCUGUGGCGCUUUUGGAUGCGGAUUAG